UCCGCUUCCGUAGUGCGGAGUCGCUGCUCCUGAGCUAGUGCUUCCGGGCCGCAGUCGGGGGAGCCUGUGUGGCGGUGCAAACGGAACCGGACCCCGGAGGGUUCAGCCUGGGCAGCAUGGCCGUGUUCCGGUCGGGCCUCCUGGUGCUGACGACGCCGCUGGCCUCGCUGGCCCCUCGCCUGGCUCCCAUCCUGACCUCGGCCUCCCGCCUGGUGAAUCACACACUCUAUGUGCACCUGCAGCCCGGCAUGAGCCUGGAGGGCCCGGCCCAGCCCCAGUCCAGCCCCGUGCAGGCCACGUUCGAGGUUCUCGACUUCAUCACGCACUUCUACUGUGGCGCCGACGUCCACAGGCACCUGGACGUGAGAAUCCUGCUGACCAACAUCCAAACCAAGAGCACCCUCCUCCCACCCCAGCCCAGCUCGGUCCAGAAUCUGGCCCACCCCCCGGAAGUGGUGCUGACUGAUUUCCAGACCCUGGACGGAAGCCAGUACAACCCGGUGAAGCAGCAGCUGGAGCGUUACGCCACCAGCUGUUACAGCUGUUGUCCGCAGCUCGCCUCGGUGCUGCUGAGCCCCGACUACGGGGCUGGAGAGCUGCCCGCGGAGCCCCUGGAUGUGCCCCUCCCCUCCACCAUCAGACCAGCUUCCCCCGUGGCUCGGUCUCCAAAGCAGCCGGUGCGCGGCUACCACCGUGGGGCCGUGGGCGGCACGUUCGACCGCCUGCACAAUGCCCACAAGGUGCUGCUCAGUGUCGCGUGCGUCCUGGCUCAGGAGCAGCUUGUGGUGGGAGUGGCAGACAAAGAUCUGUUGAAGAGCAAGCUGCUCCCUGAGCUGCUCCAACCUUACGCAGAACGCGUGGGACACCUGAGUGAGUUCCUGGUGGACAUCAAGCCCUCCUUGACUUUUGAUAUCACCCCCCUGCUGGACCCCUAUGGGCCCGCUGGCUCUGACCCUUCCCUGGAGUUCCUGGUGGUCAGCGAGGAGACCUAUCGCGGGGGGAUGGCCGUCAACCGCUUCCGCCUCGAGAACGACUUGGAGGAGCUCGCGCUGUACCAGAUCCAGCUGCUGAAGGACCUGAGCCACGCGGAACACGAGGAGGAGAAGGUCAGCUCCUCCAGCUUGCGCCAGCGCAUGCUGGGAAAUCUGCUUCGGCCUCCGAAUAAGAGGCCAGAGCUCCCCCCGGGUCUCUAUGUGCUCGGGCUGACCGGCAUCAGCGGCUCUGGGAAGAGCUCUAUAGCCAAGCGCCUGAAGGGCCUUGGGGCCUUUAUCAUCGACAGCGACCAGCUGGGCCAUCGGGCCUACGCCCCAGGCGGCCCUGCCUACCAGCCUGUGGUGGAAGCCUUUGGCACAGACAUCCUCCAUAAAGACGGCACUAUCAACAGGAAGGUGCUGGGCAGCCGCGUGUUUGGGAACAAGAAACAGCUGAAGACCCUCACGGACAUCAUGUGGCCGCUGAUAGCCAAGCUGGCCCGGGAGGAGAUGGCGCUGGCUGUGGCUCAGGGAAAGCGUGUGUGCGUGAUCGAUGCCGCCAUGCUGCUUGAGGCCGGCUGGCAGGACAUGGUGCACGAGGUGUGGACCGUGAUCAUCCCCGAGACGGAGGCCGUGCGGCGCAUCGUGGAGCGGGAUGGGCUGAGUGAAGCCGCGGCGCAGAGCCGGCUGCAGAGCCAGAUGAGCGGGCAGCAGCUCGUGGCCCAGAGCCACGUGGUGCUGAGCACGCUGUGGGAGCCCCACGUCACGCAGCGCCAGGUGGAGAAGGCCUGGGAGCUCCUGCAGAAGCGCAUGCCCCAGGCCUGAGCCGGCAGGCCAGACCAGACGCUGCACGUGAUCCAGCGGGG